AUGAGUCCCAAGGAUGUCGAACAGCCCACAACAGCAAAGACCACAUCGGACCACUCUGGCAACAGCCACAAGCACGGGACAUCCGCAACAUUUUUGGUCUGCUCGAAAGCUCUCGCCCGCGCUUCGCGAGCCUGGAAGUGCCUUCUGUAUGGCGGCUUUCUCGAAUCCAAACCCGCCGACGGGAGCCAAUGGACCGUUCGACUCCCGGAAGACAAGCCUGAGCCGAUGACCGUGGUCCUUCACCUCAUUCAUGGUCGAUUCAGGCAUUGCCCUGCCACGGACAAGAUCACAGUCGAACAGCUAUACGAGAUCAAGGUCUUGACUAACAAAUACGGCCUCACCUACAGGCUCAGACCGUGGGCCCAGGCAUGGGUCCGAGAGUUGAAAGCUGAAGCGAAAACGAGAAACCUGCUGUCUGGAUUCCUGGAGCGCUGCCUGUGGAUUACCUGGGAGCUGGGUGAUGAGAAGCUUUUCAAGGCCUUGGCUGAGCGUAUUGCCGCGAAAAGCUACGACGAUGAUGGGCGCUUGUUUUGUCACCUCCUCCCCAAGGAACCAAGAUUCGAAGGGGUGUUAGAGCCAGAUAUGAAUGGCUGGAUCCCCGAGACUCGCAUCAGGAUGGUCGAAUCACUCCUACCCCCCUUACGAGAUUUCUUCGCUGAUCCCCUGGCUGCAAUGGAAGCACUCAGAAAAGGAGGACGUUGCGCAGACAGCAACUGUUCGAUAUUGAUACUAGGUUCCUUGCUCAAGUCAUUGUCUCAGCUUCAGCUCUGGCCUCUCCGGAGAGCGUCUGCCUAUCGCAAAAGGCCCUGUCUUCUGGAGUGGGACAUACGUCAGCGUCUCGAUAUACGCACGCAGAAAGACCACGACUUGUGCAGAAAGGUAUUUUUCCAAAUUUGGGACGGAAAAUGGAUCGGAAACCACCGCACAGAGCUGGGGAAUUCUGUCAAGAAACACUUGGAGUCCCAAAGGGAGCAAUCGGGCUUAGCUUAA